AUGGUGGACGUAGAACUGUUUUAUAAGGACACUAGCGAUCACAGCAUCAGCUCUGAGGAAGAAGAUAUGCUUGUCAAGAGUUGUAGCAAUCUCAAUGUGAGCUUUGGAUACCAUUGUGAUUCUUAUCAGAGCUUUUCUCCUGAAAAUGAUCAUGGGAAUGGCAUUUCUCCUAAGAACAUAUUUGGGACUAAUACCAUGAUGGGGUCACGAAAUGGCUCAUUUACUUGUUUAUCUGGUGCUGCUAUUAGUGCAAAUUUUACACUGGCAAAUACAAAUAUUUGCAAUGGCCUUAUUGGCGAAGAAAUUUUACCAGAACUAGAUUCUCCAAAUGCCUUUAGAAAAAUUGUUUCUUCUCCAUCAAUGUCAAGAUUGGACUCGUUAUCCACCUCACAAGGCAGCCCUGUGUCAACUGAGAGCUCUAUAAUUGAGAUCAGUAAAAAUCUUUGGAGGUCCAGUGCCCCAACAACUGUAUCAUCCAAUUUUCUGACUAAUACAGAGGUGAAAAUGGCUGGCGGAGCUGCUGGAGAGGAUAGAGUCCAAGCUGUGUGCUCAGAGAAAAAUGGAUGGCUGAUUUGUGGAAUAUAUGAUGGGUUUAAUGGGAGGGAUGCAGCUGAUUUUCUUGCGGUAACUCUAUAUGAUAACAUAGUAUAUUACUUGUACCUGCUGGAGAAUCGGAUCAAGCAACAAAAUGGUUUAUACAAUUCAUCAGAAAUCUCUCUCAAUGGUCUUAAAAGUGAGUUAACACUUGCCAUGAGAAAUUCAGAAAAUGAAGACAUCAAAUUUUCUGAAACAUUUCGAGCUGGUGUGCUGAAUUGCCUUUCUACUGCUGUUGAGCAAGCUGAGAAUGACUUUCUGUGCAUGGUUGAACAAGAGAUGGAUGAUAGACCAGAUUUAGUUUCAGUAGGGUCUUGUGUUCUGGUUGUACUUCUUCAUGGAACAGAUCUGUGCAUCUUAAAUAUGGGGGACAGUAGAGCUGUGCUUGCUUCCAUGCCAUAUGCAGAAAAUGGUGCUUUGAUGGCUACUCAACUGACAGAGACCCAUUCGCUUGAAAAUCCUUUGGAGUACCAAAGACUUUUAGCUGACCAUCCCAAUGAUCCUUCAGUUGUCAGGGGUAACAAAAUAAAAGGAAAGCUGAAGGUUACUCGUGCUUUUGGAGUUGGCUAUCUAAAGCAGAGGAAGUUCAAUGAUGCACUCAUGGGCAUUCUACGAGUCCGCGAUUUGAGCAGCCCUCCAUAUGUUUACACAAAUCCACACACAUUGAGUCACAAAGUUACGGAUGAUGACUUGUUUGUUGUGCUUGGUAGUGAUGGCUUAUUUGAUUUCUUCAGUAAUGAUGAAGUUGUUCAGUUGGUUUAUCAAUUUAUGCAUGAUAAUCCAAUGGGGGAUCCUGCAAAGUAUCUCAUCGAGCAACUUAUACUCAAAGCAGCCAAGGAAGCAGCUUUAACAGCCGAAGAAUUGAUGAGGAUACCUGUUGGGAGUAGGAGAAAGUACCACGAUGAUGUGACUGUCAUUGUUAUCAUCCUUGGAAAUGCACAGAGGACGACGACUGCAUCAACAUCCUUGUGA